UAAACAAGCUGACUGUCAGAGUUAGCUGCCAGCCCUGCGAGCGUCUGGGCUGAGUCUCCUUUUGAGGGAGUCGGACGUUACUGACAGGGAAAGUGAGCAAAGGAGAAGAGGGAGAAAGUAGGGGGAACAGGAAAAGAGACGGGACAGAAAGACAGGAAAACCCAUCAUAAAAAAGGACAGGAAAGAAUUGACAGGAGAGAAGGGAGAAGACGAGGAACAGACAGACUGAACUGAGCUUCAGUCUCUCUUCCUCUCCUUUGACAAAGCAGAUUAAGUCAUGGCUGCGAACAACACAAAUUUCCUUCUGGAAAUGCUUCAGCCUGCCGACGUUGACCACCUGAUUAUAGCUUUCUGUGCUUCUGUGGCAGUGGGCCUUCUCUUGGGCGCCCUAGUUUAUGUGAUGCUUACUUGGUUUUCCCGACACAAAGCAGGCUCUGCCAGCAUCACCCGCCGCCCGCAUCGCCGUUCGCACACUUCUUCCCGCCAUCGUCCAGGCUUUAACCGCAGCAGCAGCUAUGACCGGCGAAGCAACAACAGCUUAGUGACAGCUGCUUUCACCUUUCACCGCCAGACUUCCUCUCCAGAUCACUUUGACGCAAUGGCGCAUAAAUCCAGCUUCAGGGGCUCCACCUUCCACCCGCUCCUCCAGUGCAGCCAAAUUGCAAGAGAGGCAGAGGAGGGUAGCCAAACCACACUGCCACGUACACCACCUCUGACUACAUCAACUGGAUCAGCUCAAAGCGUAGCCCAGCCAGCUGCCACCCCACCAAGACCAGAGUCAUUUUGGGGGAACAGUGUCAGAGGUCUUCAUGCUACGCAGACCCCACCUCCAGCUUAUGAGAGCAUAAUCAGAGCUUAUCAGGAAACCCGAACCUAAGAGGAGUGAAAGCAGCACUGGCUGAUACUAAUUGGGAGAUGAAUGGAUUUCCAAACUGGACUAAAUCUAUAAUGAUUUUUAUGAUCAGGUGGAGCUGGAGUGGAGAAAACAAAGAGGCCAAGCUCAGCUAAGUGCCCUGCUUAACACAAUAACUUCCUGAAAUUACAUAAUUUUUAGCAAAUCUGCUAUAUAUUUAUAAACAUAUUUGCCUUUCAUCAUUAGAUACUUUUAUACAAAAAAAGAAAUUGUAAACAGUUAUUUGAAUGGUGUUGCAUCCUGUCAAUGGUGAUUAUUUAUAAUGUAAGGCAAGACAUAUGCUUUCUCCGUGCAGGUCGUAUAAUAACUAUGCAAGAAAAGAUGUAAUGAUUGUACACGUGAAGCUUAAAAGAUAAAUAAAAAGUGUGUGUAAGCCUGUAGUUAAUAAAGUGCAUUAGACUAUUUGAUGUUUUAUCAAAUUCAUGAUGAAAACUUGGUUAAAUGGACCUGAUGUUUUUUAUUUUCUGAAUCACAUAUUCAAGAUGAUUUUGUUUAUGUGUUUGCAUGAACAGCACUUGCGAAUGUGACAUGUGAGAAAAUGUGGGCAUUAGGUAUAAGAAUUUUUGUUCUGUAUGUUUUGAAUGUAUUUUACUGGACUCUGCUCUUAAGUUAAUGCAAUAAAGCAAGACUCAAAAAGG